AGACAUGCCGGCCCACUUUGAGGACGAUUCGUGGACGACGGUGGACCACAACAGAGGACGGAGAGCGGUUCGACGCGACGACGGGGAACGUGGAGCCAGAUACUUCAGGCAAGAACCUCGAUUCCCCAGCGACCAUUCCUCCCGGAAUACGAGACCGUAUUAUGCAGCCCACAGAAGAGAGGCGAACGUCAGGGAUGACAGAAAUCGCAGCAGGGAUCAACAACGAGACACCAGCGGUUAUUUCAGCUCCUCCAACCGCAACAGAUGGGAUGACGGCCGGACAAGAGACCGCUAUGGAGCUGACAACGAACGCUACUGGGCUCCUAGACCCGCCAACUACAACCGUGAGAACGAUUACCGGACAAGACAACGCUACAGAGAUGAUGGAGAACGUAAUUGGAUUCCUGUAUCCACAAACCGAAACCAGGGGAAUGAAGAUGGGACAAGAAGACGCUAUACUACACAGAGGGGAUUUCCUAAUCAAAGAAGAUGGCGCACAACAAACACCAGGGGGCGCCCUGAUCCUGAAAAUCAACGUACUCAAUCAGAUGAUCCAGACUUUCCAGCCAAAGUAAGAACCAUUUACAAACUGAUCAAAGCGGUGCACCAUCUCAAUAAUGUGUCACAGCCUGAUUAUCCCCCAGCACUGCACAAAAUGGUUAAAAACUUGACUAAUUUCAUCCAACCGGCCAUGCCUAAUCCAGAGACCAAAAAAUUCAUUGAAGAAAAUGCCAAAAAUUGGGCAGAAGCAACCAUCACAGUGCUUCAAAACCACUAUGAUCGCUGCUUAGAUGAGCAGAUUGGAGAGCUGCAACAAUUUCCCAAUCAGGACUGGACAGCUCCUUUUGAAGUGUCAACAUCCUGGGCUAAGAGGAACCUGGGUCGCCGACUCAAAGAUGACACACUGGAUCACACACAUGCUGCUAUUGUGGCUCAACUGGGCGAUGUGAGCUCCACCAUGGUGGCACCCAGACAACACCCUUCUACUGCAGAAGAAGACAAUGAAGCCCCCAGAGUGAGGAGGGAGAAAACUGCACCUACAUCUAGCUGGAUCAUCAAGGACAGAGGACUACCUCAGCGCCAAACAACGCACACAAAACCAUCUUAUGCUGACAUCGUAGCGGGCAGGAGGACCAGCUCGACAGAAGCCCACACGGAUGCUACGGUGGUCCCACCUCAUCCCAACCAGCAGAUCGUAACAACCGCACAAAUCCAUGAUGCUGCUCCUGCACCAGCCUUACAACAACCCAGAGUUCCCUCCACAAACCAAGAUAUGAAGAAGACAACCACAGGCGACUGGUCCAACAUCUUUGACCAUAGUGAUGGUGAGGAGAGCUACCACUCUGAUUCUGCUCCCGAGGACCUAGAGGUUGAAGAUCUGGUUCCACCAACUUUGGAAGAACUAAGACAAGCACAGAGCAGGAUGCCAGGCCUGAGGACACCUGCCAAGAAGGAAAUGACUGAUCCUAAGAUCCCAGAUCGUCCUACUGGAGCUCCAACACAGCCACCACCAGAAGCGCCUCAGCAAGAAGAAGAAGAAGAAGAGGUGGUUGACCUUACACACCAGGAGGAACAACAGGACCCGUCGACCAACCGGAGAGGACAGCGAGCCACCAUUCCUCCACCUUCAACUCCUCUUAAACUAGGAGAGGUGAACCUUAAAAAGCUUAAAUGCAGCGUCCAAACACGACUACGGAUGGAACCAGCUCAAGAAGAUUCCUCUACUCCACCGUCUUCUCCAGAACCCCAGGUAUGCACACCUACAAAACAUGCUCAGCAAACCAAGCAUGGUUGGAAUCUGCACAUCCGUGAGAAAUGCCUGAUUUUGGGAGACUCCAAUGUUGCAAGACUUCCACCUUUUGCAGCCAACGAUGUACAAAUAGACAGUUUUCCAGGAGCUAAAUGGAUCCAUGCAGAAGCUGUGAUGGAGAAAGCUUCGUUUGAGGUUACCGUGGAGAAACUGGUGUUAUCUUUUGGCAUUAACAACAGAGCACAGAGGGACAAGAACGCUCCACGAGCAGGCUCUUCUUCAUCAUCUGAACGAGUUCAUCACAGGUUUGGACAACCAUAUUCCUGCUUUACCUCAGGAUCAGUUCACUACGGGUCAUGA